AAGAAAUGGAGAAGAAAUAAUAGCGUAGCCCAAAAGCUAAUUACGAAUUCUAUCAAAGGAUUUAUUCCAAAUCUUUCAAAAAGUAUUUUUAUUCCAAAAUCCUCAAAACUAUAUCCCAAAUUUUAUUUGUAUAUAUAUAAUACUUUUCCCGUCCGUAAUAAUAUUCAUAAACACCAUUUCAGCGAAGAAAGGAAAAAAAAAAUGCAGAUCUUCGUCAAAACCCUCACCGGAAAAACCAUAACCCUAGAGGUCGAAAGCAGCGACACCAUCGACAAUGUCAAAGCCAAAAUUCAGGACAAAGAGGGAAUACCACCUGAUCAACAGAGGUUGAUAUUUGCUGGUAAGCAGCUUGAAGAUGGUAGAACAUUAGCGGAUUACAACAUUCAGAAAGAAUCGACUCUUCACUUGGUAUUGAGGCUUAGGGGUGGGACUAUGAUUAAGGUGAAGACUCUCACAGGGAAGGAAAUUGAGAUUGAUAUCGAACCAACCGAUACUAUUGAUCGGAUUAAGGAACGUGUUGAGGAGAAAGAAGGUAUCCCUCCUGUUCAACAAAGGCUAAUCUACGCCGGAAAACAGCUAGCUGAUGACAAAACGGCAAAGGACUACAACAUAGAGGGAGGCUCUGUUCUUCAUCUGGUUCUUGCCCUUAGGGGUGGUUUUGGUCUUCUCUGAGAAGUAACUCUUGAAGAUAUCUUUUUCUCUUUGUAUGGCUUGUUGGAGUUCAUGGGAAAAAAGUGAUUGCAAUUUGGAUAUGAUACUUUGAAUAUUAUGCUGUUUCACUGGGUUUGGAUCAUUUUACCAAUAAUCUGUUAAAUAUCGAAUCAUUUUGUUUUGUUUAACAUCGAAUCGUACUUUAACAUAUUUAUUUGGGAUUUAGCUAUUUAUGAUGAAUAUCUUUCAUUCAAGAAAGAGGCUAGACAUGUGAAAAUAGGAUCGAGCUAUGUGUAAGAUCGGACCAGGCCGAUUGAGAUUGCUGGUUGCAUGAGUCCAUCAAUAGUCCCAUAUUUAUUUGCAUUACAAUGAAAUAGUGGUUACAAAUCGUCAAAUCCAAUG